CCUCAUAUGAUUACAUUUCUGCUUAUUACGCAUGAGACGGCAUAUAUAGACGGUACCGUGAGCGGCGUUACGCUUUGGAAAUUGCUUCGGAGUUAUUCCACAUUCCGUGUCGCGAGAAUAAGUUGCACCGGAACACCGUCGUCUUCUUGAUCGCGACGCAACGACACUUCAUCCGACGAUAAUGGCGAGGAAGACAGAGUUCAUGUGGAUGUUACUCGUCGCGAUCGCGAUAACUCAGGCAAAGCCGCUGAAUCCCCCGCUUGACGAGUCGGCCAACGAGAUCGAUCACGGCGAGACGAGCCUGCGGAAGAAUCCAUUCGAGUCUGAGGAACGACAACGGGAUCCUGCUUUGCCGACCAACGAGGGACCGAUAGCGACCGUGGCGCUGCAGACCGAACCUACGCACUCAGCAGCUGGUACCAUGAUCGACACGACUGUUCGACCCAUCGACGAGGCCCCGACGACGAAACCGGGCCCAUUCGCCUGGUUCCUGACGCCGCUGACGCAGAAGAUUCAGUUCUCGCCACAGUCGUUCCUGCAGGACCGUCUGGUCCUGCUGCGGGAAGCGCUGAGCAACCUGGGCAUCAAUGUGCUGCAGAACGCGACGGCGAAGCAACUGAGCGGACCCGGCGGUCUGGUGCAUUUCGUGGGCUCGAGCGAUUCCGGUUUCUACACCAACCGGCUGGAGCCGGCCGGUUUUUUGGGCGGCAACGGUUGGUUCGCCAACAAGGGCGGCAUUCUCGGCGGACCCGGAGCGAUCCUCUCCACCGGCAGCCUCCUCACGGAUUACCCGACUGCUUACAGGAAAUAGGACGAGUCGCCGCGCCCGAUUAUUAUAUUCGGACGUGUAAAUAAACGGGGAACGGAAUAUCCGCGCUCAAGAUCUCUUCGACGCUCUGCGUGUCACGCGAUUUGAAUCGACGAUCGACUCUUCAGAUUUGUCGGUGAGUCGCAUACAGAAGACUCUAUUAAUGCUGUCUCAUUCCCUAGACGUAGCGACAUCGGAAAUUUCCAAUUAGGCAUAUCAUUUCUAAAUAUUUGUGCAUCACGAUUUUUACUUUGAAGCAUUGUUCGCAAAAUAAUCAAUAAUCAUGAUCAUGAGUAUUCAGAAAUAAUGCGCGCAAUUGGAAAUUUCCGAUGUCACUGUACUUAAGAAAUGAAAUAGCUCGAAAUUCUCGAAAAUCUCGAAAUUCUCUUCAUUAAUUAAUGGAGUUUUCUUUAUGAACGUGUCGUAGGUUUCCCGUUUUUUUUCUUUUUUUACUUUUAUAACGGAUAAAUACAUAGAAUAAUAAUAAUAAUAAUGAUAAUAAUAAAUUUAUCAGACAUCACGCAUAUGUGACGAAUACAAAAAAAUAACAGGAUGCAAAAAAAGAAGGAUAAACGUUUAAAGAACGAGGCAACAGCACUGAAGCUGUUAUUAUUGUCUUACCUGAUGGAUUAAAAAAUUAUAAAUAAAAGGGAGAAAGAAAGAAAAAAGUACAAUGCUCAGAAACAACGAUAUUUCUAUUAUAAAUGAUCGUUACACGUUAAAUGUCGUGACGAUGACCGGUACUGUCGCUUUACUGCUCUCAUUAAGCCGCGUGUAAAGUGAAAUUAAUUAUGUUUGAAAAAUGAUUCGCACGAUCAACAAAGAGCCAAUGAGAGAGACGAGAGAGGAGAGAGAUACACGCGCAUGGGAUUGUGUUUAUUUAGCGUAUCUUUGAUAAUUCGAUCACCGGUUAAGCUUCUGUGCUAUCAGGGAAAAUUAACCUGGCAGUCGACGUAUUAACGGCGAGGUCUUGGUAAAUCAAACUCGCGAGAAAUGUAGGGGGCGAUGUAACGUUAAGUAAAUUAAUACGAGCACCGCGCGUGCAAACAUCCAUUUUUACACAUACCUGUAAUUUACGCUAUUUAUUACGUGUACUCGUGUUUAUGCAAUAAAGCGAGCUCGACGAGCUCGAGUAAAUACAUACAUAGAAGUCGUGACAGGCUCCUCCUCCUCCUCGCUCACUCAUGAUUGCGCAGCGUCCGUCGCGACAUAAAUGUAUUUUUCAUGCAACUUCCGCGACGGUGCAACUCCGUCGGCUCGCUUCGGGGACUUUUAACGAGCCCUGCAACUCUCCCUCUCUCGAAUUAUCGGUGACGCGUGCGCCGAAGAGAAAGAGUGGAACUGAGAAGAAGGGAGGACGAAGGGAGGUGAGCGAAAAUGAAUUAUUGACCGCGCGUAUCGCGAAAAAUGCGCGGCCGUUGCGGCGGCGGGCGCGACGUGUUAUUGGAAAUGCAUAAGAUAUCCGGUAUCUCGCGAAUUCAAAGGGUGACCCAGGUCGUCUGCGAGGAUCGGGCGCAGCGUGAAACCGGGCUCGGCCGCGAGGAAUUUCAUUUCUACCGAAUUGAGAUUCGAUCUCCCGAGCCGAGCGCCGUGGUCGUCGACUACGGCGUCGGUGAUCGGUGUACUUACUCUCUAUUCUUCUCUCUCUCUCUCUCUCUCUCUCUUCGUGUUUCGACACAACUCGGUCACCUGUAAUCCGAACGGACUGAAAAAUCGGCCGUUACGCAAACGAUCGCGUGCCGAUAUCUCUCCGGAGACGAGGUUUAUUAAAAAAAACGAUGAAUGAUAGAUUCGCGCGGUUGUUAUCUUUGGUGUCGAUGGCGCCGCCGUGCGCGUGGAAACGACGCCUCGCGUGCCGAGGUAAUUGGUAACGCGAUGAUCGAUAAAGAAGAUCCUGGUCCCUCGCUUGUAAGCCGAACCGAUUCGCAGGAGCGAGCGUUCCACUCUACGGUACCCGACUUUGACCUCUCGUCACUUGAAACGCUACUUUUCAUAUGUCGUUUUAUUUCUGCUACCUUUCAU